AUGAUAAAUGAUUUAAAUAAGGUUGGAGAUUCAAGGAGUAAAAUAGAUAAAAUUGAAACGAAACAUCCCGCAAUAACAAGCUCAGGGGUCAAUGAGAAACCUCAAGGAGUUGAAAAUAACGAACGAAGGAUUUGUAAAUGCAAAACUGCGAACUACAAAAUGAACGAGAAAACUGACUCAUUAACAAUUUCAAACAAAGCGUGUAAUCACAUGAAUCUUGUUAAAUUGGAAAAGAACAAGAUCGAUAAAACCAUAACAAUUACUUUAGAUAAUUGUGUGGUACCAAAUCGAAGAAGAAAAAAUUUAAUGAAUCCAGACGUUCAAGGAAGAAUUUUCGAAUUUUCCUUUCAAAAUCAGCUUUCUGUGAUAGAUUCAUCGGACUCAUCAUUUGAUCGCGUUGAUCUGAAUCGUUCCUUUCAUGUUAUGAAAUGUUUUGCUUUAUUUUGGAUUCUUUUCUUGAAUGUUACAACAACCUUAUCGUAUGCUGCUAAUAAUUUAAGAUACAUUGAAUCCAAGGGUGAAAGCUUUAUUGCUAACUUCAUCUUCAAGAAUGGCUCACUUUCUAUUAACACGUUUUUCUUUAUAAACGGAGUAGCGCUUUGUCAAAUGUUUUUCACAUCAUCGAAAGACCUUGGCAUUCAUAAAAUCAAAGGAGUGUCAAAACAUUUGCAGCAUUAUAUAUUUUUAAUAGUGUAUAAGAUCUUCAAAUUGUUUCUUCCUUAUAUAACAACAAUUCAUCUAUUGAGAAUGUUUAUGAAAUAUUUCAAUGAAAAUAGCAUUUUGACAAUUCCAUCGAAUGAUCAUUUUACGUGUGAAAAUAUUUUCACAAAGCUCGCUUUCUUGGACUUGUAUUCUCCUUAUAGUGAGAGGUGUAUGUUAUGGACGUGGUACCUUUCAACUGAAAUUCAGUUCUUUGCAAUCUCAUUGUUGAUCUUAAUGUUGUCAAGAAAUCAUCCUCGUUACGCCUUCACAAUUUUCGUUUCCUUUUACUUAUCAACAUUCUACACAACAACGACCAUCAAUGUUGAGACUAACCGAGUGACUCAUAUAUCAAACUUGACUAGUGAAGAAAAACUCAUGUUUUUCAAUGGAAUAUAUGAACACCCGAUACUUCAUUUGGGACCAUAUUUGGUGGGAAUUUUCUUCGGUUGUUUGUCAUGCAACUUAAACAAAAAAGUUAAAAUAAAUUCCGUGUGCUUAUCGAUUGGUUGGAUUAUCGCCUUGACAUUGUACUGUCUCGUAUCAUUUUAUAAAGUUGACAAUGUCAACAAUCUUUGGAUGAAAUAUGGAUUUUUUGCAUUAAGUCAUACAUUUUGGGCUUUGAUACUACUUUGGAUAAGUUUCGUUACGAUGACAAGUAGUGGAGAGCUUACAGUUCUAUUACGAGAUAUUCAAACUUUGAUGACUUCAAUGUUUGUAGUAACAUUUGUAGGACUUGCCGCAAUAUCAAUUAUGGCAUCACUAACAUUUUAUAUUUGCUUUGAAACACCCAUCACGACUACUCUUCACAUUAUGUACAAGAAACUUGUGGAAAGUCAAAACGAAUAA